AUCUCACGAGCAAAAGCAGCCACCACAUCCUUGGCUCACGUUAUCCCCCUCAAAAUCCUCACUUUCACUCCCUCACAAACUGCAAAGCUGCGGCAAUAGCAGCAAUGGCUGCAUAUUCACCAACCCCGUCCCACCUCGCUCUCUCUUUUCCAUCCUCAACUAACCCUUCAAACCCACCGGUUCUUUUCUCCUCAUUUCGUGGGGUCUCUCUUAAGCUCCCUCGUCAAUCCCUCUCCCUUGCUGCCACUAUUCCCAAGAAGGCCUUUUCUGUGUUUGCUGUUACCAAGAAAGCUGUCGCUGUUCUUAAAGGUAAUUCGGAAGUUGAAGGCGUUGUCACGUUGACCCAGGAAAAUGAUGGUCCUACAACUGUGAAUGUUCGAAUUACUGGUCUUACUCCUGGGCCUCAUGGCUUCCACCUACAUGAGUAUGGUGACACAACGAAUGGGUGCAUGUCUACAGGAGCACAUUUCAAUCCUAACAAUAUGACACAUGGUGCUCCUGAGGAUGAAGUACGCCAUGCGGGUGACCUGGGAAACAUAAUUGCUAAUGCUGAUGGAGUGGCAGAGGCAACAAUUGUGGACAAUCAGAUACCACUAAGUGGCCCCAAUGCGGUUGUUGGAAGAGCAUUUGUGGUUCAUGAGCUUGAGGAUGAUCUUGGAAAGGGUGGACAUGAACUUAGUCUAACCACUGGGAAUGCUGGCGGAAGAUUGGCAUGUGGUGUUGUUGGCUUGACUCCGGUAUAAAUCUUAUCGAUGAAACCAGUUUGGUGUUGUGCUAUUUGUUGGUUGGAUUUGGCAGCUUCUUUUAUAGAGCCGCAUGUGAUGUUGCUUUCAAUGUUGAUAGCGUGUUAUAUGAGAUUGUGCAGACAAGUAUUUAGUCGAAUAACAUUUGUAGACCUUUGU